AAACAAUCUCUCGUAAUAUCGACAACACGCAGUGAGCGGCUGUCUGCAACGACGACCAACGACGAGACCCAAUCAAAUCAUGGAAUCGCUCGACGGGCUCGCAAAGUCACUUCCAGGUUCAGGCCUCGAGAAGGCAGAAAAAGACCUUCUCAACAACUUUAAAGCUGCCGCGCUCAGCAUCACCACGCUUUACCGAUCCUCUCGAAAUGCUUCUAAGCGUGCUUACAACGCUGGGUAUGCAGCUGCAUGCCAGGAUCUUAUGGUGAUGAUCCAGCAAGGCGUCUCGGUCGGUGGCAUCGCACCCUCCACUUCAGACAACCCGCUCAGCGGUGAAAUGUCUAUCGGCCGUAUCCUGGAUUGGAUAGAAGCCAGAGUGGAAGCAAUCAAGGCUAGGGAAGAAGAGGAGGACGAAGACGAAGAACGUGAAAAGGAGAGGGACCGUACCAGAGCGGGAUCCCAGACCUCUCGAACAGAUCCGAACAAAGACGCCAACAAUGCCUCUGUCUCCUUCCCUCCCCAUCCUACCGCCUCCUCCUCUAAACCUUCCGAUCUAACGAGCGCACCAACACCGCUUACACCGCAUUCACCGUCCAUUUCCAAUCUGACACACCCAAUCACGCCCUCACCUUCCAUUCCAACCCGGUCCAACCCUCUUUUCCAACGAUCCGUUAAAUCCCGCCCAUCCUCUGCUCGUAAAGAUAUCUCCAUUGACACUCCAUCGAUGUCUUGCCUUCCCACACCAUUGGCCUCUUCUGAGAAUGUUCCCCGCACACCCAUAUUCCCAUCUAUGCACCCGCCAUUUCCAUCUAUCCCCCAAGGCGAUAUCGCAGCAGGCACAAAACGCCGACAUACGGUCAUGAUGAUGCUUGAUUCUGCAGCACCACCCACCGUUGUGGACGUCUCUUCGUCUUCUGCGGGAGCGAACACAGUGUCGUCCACACAAGGAAAUCCUCGACGACGCACGAGGAGCCAGAGGUCCGCACAUCACGUUCAGGGACAGGCUCAUACCACGUCGACCGACUCAAUGGAGGUAGAAGAGGAUGGACGAGAACGCAAACGUGUCGCUCGACGAUGAGCAAGAUACGUUCUUUAUUGGUUCCGUGACGACAUUGUCAUCAAUAUGAUAUCCGAGACAUGUUUUCUCCUUAGGUUUGGAUAUCAUUCUUUAGUUCUGGAACUUCCUCUUACAUUGUCUGAACCCCUCAUAAUCUGCCAUCCAUCCUUCAUACAGAUAUGCAACCUGUAUUCCCCUCGUCAUGUAUUAAGAUACCAUUCCUAUAUAGGUAUUGGGCUGUUGAGCAUGAGAGUGCUACAAGUUCAGAUUAAUCCCGAGUCUCAAAAAACAACAUUAAGCCUAGCUCUCUUGACACUGAUAAAGUCUGGCAGAGUACACGUCCUGACUUAGCACCGUAGACAUCAUUGCGCGCACGCUUAUGUUAUUCCUUUAGUCAGUUCCAUCGGAUAUCCAGGACUCACCGACCAAGGUGACGCGUGAUGAC